AGGCGCGCGCGCUGACUGCGGCCGUCAGUCGCUCCAGGGCCGCUAGAGGGGUCGGACCGCAAUCUAGUCAUUAAAAUUAUUUUUUUAUAGUAAUUUUGCAAUCGAAAGGACAUCAUGAAAGUGUUCGUAGUUUUGACAGCAGUCACCGCACUAGCGAGUGCACAAUUCAAAUGCCCAGCUAAGGAUGGCCAGUACGAAGACGACAGACAAUGUGACAAGUUUUACGAGUGUGUCGAUGGCGUAGCGACUACAAAGCUGUGCCCAGAUGGACUUGUAUUCGAUCCCACCAUUAGGAAGAUCAACAAAUGCGACCAGCCCUUCAACGUGGACUGUGGCGAUAGGACUGAACUGCAACCCCCCAAGCCCACGGGUCAAUGUCCUCGCCGCAACGGCUUCUUCGCCCACCCUGACCCAGCAGUAUGCAACGUCUUCUUUAAUUGUAUUGAGGGUGAAGCCACUGAAGUGAAGUGUACAGCUGGACUUCAUUUCGAUGAGUAUUCAGGCACAUGCGUGUGGCCUGAUGCUGCUGGUAGACAGGGCUGCAACGUGCAAGACAAGAAACUCAAGGACGGGUUCGAGUGCCCCAAGGAGCAACAAGUAGAUGCCCAAGGUCUGGUGGUGGCUCACCCCAAAUUCGCACACCCGAGUGACUGCCAGCGAUUCUACGUGUGUCUCAACGGCGUAGAGCCCCGCGACCUUGGUUGUCAAGUUGGCGAGGUAUACAAUGAAGAGUCGCAGAAAUGUGAUGCCCCCGAGAAUGUACGAGGAUGCGAGGACUGGUACAAAGAUGCAGAGGACGCCCCAGCACCCAAAGCGAGGUCCUAAGACUCUUUAGUGAUACUGAUAAUGUAGCCUACUUUUAAGACUUAUUAAGUUAAUAGAUAAGUUAAACAGAAAA